AUGAUCAGGUAUAAAGGCAGGGCCAGGCAGGCAUCAAUCUCCAGGGUCAGUGUGGUACACUGGAAUUCCGUGCACUGUCGAGGGGAUGAGGAGGAUCUGCUGCAGUGCGAGUGGAAAGCAUGGCACGGUGGGCACUGCUCACAGAGAGAUACUGCAGCUGCCACCUGUACCCCUCAGGAAGAUGGUAGCCUGCGUUUAGUGGGUGGAAUGGGCAGCCAUGAAGGACGUCUGGAGGUGUACUAUGAGGGGCAGUGGGGCACUGUCUGUGAUGAUGGCUGGACAGAAUCUAAUAUCCAAGUUGUGUGCAAACAGCUGGGAUUCAGAUACGUUGAAGGUUCUGUGCAGCACCGUUUUGCAGUGGGUACAGGGCCAGUCUUCUUGGAUGAUGUGAGCUGCUCCGGGAAAGAGUCCUGUCUGGUACAAUGCAGAAGAAGAGAAUGGAGAAAGCAUGACUGCACUCAUCAGGAGGAUGUGUCGGUUGUCUGCAGUCCUGACUGGGAUGUCAAUGCGAUUCCAUCCAGUCUGCCUAUGCGACUGAUGGAUGGAGAAAACAAGAAGGAAGGACGUGUGGAGAUUUAUAUCGGUGGCCAGUGGGGAACAAUUUGUGAUGACGGAUGGACUGACAGGAAUGCAGAAGUUGUCUGUAGGCAGCUGGGCUACAAGGGUCUGGCCAAAGCUAGAACCAUGGCUUAUUUUGGAGAGGGAAAGGGACCUAUCCAUAUAGACAACGUCAAAUGCACAGGAAAUGAAAGGUCUUUGACUGAUUGCAUCAAACAACCGAUUGGUGUGCAUAACUGUCGCCAUAGCGAGGAUGCUGGGGUGAUCUGUAACUAUGGCGAGGAGAAGACAACAGAGAGGAGCAAAGACCCUUUUUAUUCAGCUUGUGGCCUACGAUUAGUUCACACACGCCAGAAGAGGAUUAUUGGGGGGAAGAAUUCCUUACGGGGUGGGUGGCCGUGGCAGGCUGCCAUUCGGUUGAGAACAGCGCAUGGGGACGGGAGGCUGGUGUGUGGAGCCACGCUCAUCAACAGCUGCUGGAUCCUCACAGCGGCCCACUGCUUCAAGAGGUAUGGUAACAACACUAAAAGCUACACUGUAAGAGUUGGAGACCAUCAUACACUAGUAUCCGAGGAAUAUGAAGAAGAAUAUGGGAUCCAGCAGAUUGUCCUUCACAGCAACUACAAGCCUGACCGCAAUGAUAAUGACCUGGCCUUAGUGCAGCUUGUGGGGAGGGACAGACAGUGUGCAAAAUUCAGCAGCCACGUCAUGCCAGCUUGCUUACCUCUUCGGAAACAGAGAGCGCUCAAGGUUGCGUCAAACUGUUACAUUACUGGAUGGGGAGACACAGGAAGAGCUUAUUCCAAAACCCUGCAGCAGGCGCCAAUCCCUCUGCUUCCCAAUAGGUUUUGUAUGGAGCGGUACCGGGGCCAAUUUACUGGGAGGAUGCUGUGUGCCGGGAAUGUGCAGGAGGGCAUGCGGGUGGACAGUUGCCAGGGAGACAGCGGUGGCCCAUUGGUGUGCGAGAGGCCUGGGGGAAGCUGGGUGGUUUUUGGUGUGACCUCCUGGGGACACGGAUGCAGGGUCCAGGACUCUCUUGGGGUCUACACAAAAGUAUCUUCCUUUGUGCCCUGGAUUAAACGAGUGAUCGAAAUGUGAAGGGCUUUGUCACAGGACCUGGAAAUGCAUGAUGAGAAGCCUGAAGCCGGCUCCCGACAGUGAUUUUAAUAAUCAUUUAUAUGGCCCAGCUGGGCUCGUCUCUUAAUUUUAUUACUUAAAAUUGUACAAAAUAGCACUUCCCUGAAGGACCUUACUUGAAUUAAAAAAAAAAAAAAAA